UGCACGUUUAUGCGAGGACGGUUUUGUAACGACUGCAUCCUAUUUCCCGUUGGCAUAAUGUGACAAUGAGGAAACGCAAAGCAAACACGGGCUCUCCAUGUUGUGAAAAAAACAUCAUUCUAUACACAAAUGCCCGUCCGUAAAUUAGCCGAACUAGCAUUUACCCCAACUGUACUUCAGACCUCUGACCCUGAGCUGAACCAUUCCAACUGUAUGAUAGUAUGUACGUGUGAGGCGCCAGGUGUGAAGAGCAGAUCCGGUCUCCAUUCUCCCAAUCAUAAAUCCUUGGUAGUUGCUAAUGCCAGGGGGGCCUAGCCGCCUAACCCCAUCCACAUCGCGCAGAGAGAAACGCAGAACGAAGAAGGGAAGUGAGGCGAACGAACAUCCGGUUGAAGUCAAUGGCUGCUCGUGACGAACCUGUAGUCUUGAUUACGGGCUGCAGCGAGGGCGGCAUCGGCCACGCCCUUGCUCGAGCUUUCGCUUCUGAGAAAUGCCGCGUUGUUGCCACCAGUAGGUCCUUGCGCUCAAUGACAGAUCUCGAGAACGAUGACCGGUUCUUUCUUCAAGAGUUGGAUGUUCUAUCCGAUGAAAGCGUCCGGCAAGCCUUAACUAAUGCUCUUGACAAAUUCAACCGGAUCGAUAUCCUCGUUAACAAUGCCGGGGUUCAAUGCAUUGGCCCUCUUGCUGAAGUCCCACUCAACUCUAUCGAGCACACAUUUAAUACCAACGUCUUCGGUCCAAUGAGGUUGAUUCAAGCUGUGGUCCCUCAAAUGGCAGCUAGGAGAAAGGGGAAAAUAGUAAAUGUAGGUAGUGUUACUGCUUUGGCUCCUGGACCUUGGGCAGGUGCCUACUCUGCAUCCAAAGCCGCACUUCAUGCCCUCACUGAUAGCUUGAGAUUGGAACUCGGUACUCUUGGUAUUGAUGUUAUAAAUGUGGUUCCUGGUGCAAUCAAGUCAAAUAUAGGAUAUUCUGCAAUUUCCAGUUACAACCAAAUGCCUGAGUGGAAACUCUACAAACCAUUUGAGAGUGUUAUUCGUGCUAGAGCUCACUUCUCACUGGGCGUGAGGACAACUCCUACAGAUGAAUUUGCAAAGAAGACAGUGGCUGCAGUGCUGAAGAAGAACUCACCAGCAUGGUUCUCCUAUGGUAGUUUUUCUACAAUUUCGGCAAUUGCUUAUCACCUACCACUUUUUAUUAAGGACUUCAUACUAAGGAAAACAAUGAAAUGUUGAAGUGGAAAACGGAGGUGCAUGAAAUAGUUUCUUAGCAUGUACACCGAUGUGCUUGCACUUGCAGAAGCUGAGAGCAUCUGAUGUUUCUCGCCUUUUAUUGGUAGCUGAAAGUUAAGCUGGUCUCUAUGGUAACUUUACUGCUAGUUGAAAAUUGAAGUCCAUCUUUUAUUGAAGCUUGGUGGUGAAUGUCAAAGCUCUGUUGUGUUUUUGUGAUAGAAAUGGGGAGGAGUGUACAAGUACUUGAAACUUGAUAGUUUCUAUAAGUUGUAACAACAGCUUGAGUAGGUGCCAAAUGAUUAUAACUAUUGGAUUCGCAGACUGCGUCCAAGAGUCCAAGUGUUGUCUUUGUCAAACAAAAUUACCGAAGAAUAUAAUAAUCCAAUUGUUCACCAAUUUGUCAAACAAAAUUAACCACUAAAAGAGUGGUUAAUUUACUUCUAAUAAUUAGUAAUAACUGUUUUCAAGGAUUUUAGGCAGUGCCAAAAAUAAGAUUGGUUACAGUGGCCUCUCCAUCUAUUCUAUGUCAAUUAUUUGUUUCAUUGGGCUACUCAUUUCUAUAUGUAAUGUUAUUCAUAUCA